AAUGUGUAUAAUAUGCAAACGGAUGGAAGAUGGAAAUGGAACACAUAUCCGUUUCUGACUAUAGUUCAUUGUGAAUAGUGAGUAUGGUAUGUAUUUCUGCGCUCAUAUGAAAUAAUUUGUUUGGUUGGAUUGCAGUAAUUAAAGUAUAAUACGGAAAAGUACUAAGCUAUCAAAAUGGUUCAGUUCAAGGAUUUUGUUGGUAUUGCGUUGGUAUUGUUUGUUAUUUUCGAGUGUUCUAUGUCGAUUGAAGAAAAACCUAGGAAAACUAAAAAAUGGAUGAGAAACAAAAUUGACAGUUUACCAAAAAAUAUAAUGGAAGAUGUUUUGGUUAAGACUUUGGAAGGCGAAAAGAAAGCUGAAGGUCCUCAGGCAAACAUAAUUCAACUUUUGGAAAUGACUGAUCAACAAAGUCCUUGUCAAAAAAAACACUGUGGUGCUGGACGUGUAUGCAAGUUGACAGAAGAUGGUGAAGCAGAAUGUGUUUGUAUUACAGAAUGUCCUAUUGAAACAGAGGAAAGAAGAAAGGUUUGUUCAAACUAUAAUCAAACAUGGGGUUCUGAUUGUGAAAUUCACAGAAUGCGUUGUAACUGUGAAGAAAAAUCAGAAAAAUGCAGUAACCCAGAAUUUAGUCACCUACAUAUAGAAUAUUAUGGCGCUUGUAAGCAACUGUCAAAAUGUUCUGACUCAGAAAUGGCAGAUUUCCCAAGGAGAAUGAGAGAAUGGCUUUUUCACAUAAUGCAAGAUUUGGCAGAUAGAGAAGAAUUAAGUCCUCAUUUUAAAAAUAAGAUGAAUGAAGCAGAAACGAAUAUGACAAAACUUUGGAGUAAUGCAGCUGUUUGGAAGUGGUGCGAUUUGGAUGGUUAUCCCCAUGAUAGAGCUGUAUCGAGACAUGAGUUGUUUCCAAUUAGAGCACCAUUAAUGUAUUUAGAACAUUGUAUUGCUCCAUUUUUAAACAAAUGUGACGCAAAUUCAGAUCACAUGGUGACACUUGAAGAAUGGGGAAACUGUUUGGAAAUACCUAAAGAAACACUGGAAGACGAGUGUGAUGAUUUACGUCAAGAAUUAAAUUAAUAUAAACAUUUAUUUAAAAUUAUUUUGAAACAUAUUUUUUUAUAAUAGCAUGCAUAUUAUGUAUCUAAUCAAAUUAUAUAAUUAAUGAUUAA